UCCAAAAUACGACUAUUAUCCUAUUAAAACCAUGAUAAUUAAUCUAUACCCAUCUUCAAACCUUGCUGAAAAUUAUCCGAACUAAUCACAAAAGUCAUCCAGCUUUUUACACUGCCAUUUUUACAUCAAUUAAUUUCCAAAUCAGAUGAUGCAUAUUUCUGUUAUUUACAAUCAUGUCGCAUGCAUCUUCGCUUAUCUGCAUCAUGUAAAAGCGGCGAAACUGAAUACUGGCUACAGCAACAUCAGUCUUCCUGGCUAUUGAGUAAAAAUCAGUGCGAAUGAGCAGGACAGCCAGCAUGUACCUAGAGCUACUGCAUAUAGUGUUUGUUAUCCAACAGAUAGAUCUUAAGAUAAUCCCCGAUAUUUAUGAAUUGAGCGGAUGCCCUGGCCACGACUAUCACAUGGAUUUUUCCGACGUAGAGUUCAGUUAUGACGACGACGGGUAUCUGACCGUCAAUGGGAAUUUUACCUUUCUCAGAGACGUUGUCGCACCAUACCCGGCCUAUAUCUACUCGGAGCGAUUGGAACAAGGGGAGUGGCGACCAGCAAUCAUCACCAAAAGUGUUCCGGACUUUUGUGCAGUAAUACAGAACCCGAUGGAAGUUUGGUAUCCGGUCACGAGACAACUGAAUAAGAAGAACUGUCCAUACAAAGCGGGGUUCGUAGGACGUAUCGAUAAUGUUCGAUAUAGCUUUCCAGUGCCAAUUACCCCAAACUUUCUCGGAGAGUGGAGAGUGUUCCUGGAGCAGCGCGAUAUAACAAAAGAAACAGAGGAGUACGCUUGUUUGGUGCAAUACUUCAGUGUCAUCGACAUAUAGAAGGGGUUUGAAAUGCAUGUCUUAAAUAAUAUUUUCACAGCAUCAUACUAUUCAAUCACUAUAUGUUGAAACUAAUAAAACAAUAACUGUAUUCAUUUACAGU